UUCUCUUCUAUCCCAAGCAAACCAACAAAAUCAACUACUUUACUUCCCCCACCUUUACUCUUCUCUAUUCCCCACAAAUCUCUCUCUCGAAUUUCCUGAAUGUCGGAAUCGAUUCGCCGGAGAAGACUGCCGGCGCCUGUUGGAAGCGGAGGCCGGAGCCCCAGGUCCCGUCGCCCGGUGAAGCAGCGAUUUUCAGUCAAGAAUCGAGCGAAGCCUGUCAGGAUACUCGAGCGAAGCUUGUCGGAGCCGAAUUUCCGCCGCCGCAGCGGAGACGGUGAUCUUUAUGAUGAUCGGCGGCGGGUUCGGCGGCCUAUGAGUGAUUAUCCGGCGGAGGAAUCCGAUGGGAUCGCGUAUUUCCCUCAGAUUCGUUCGGAGGUUUUCGCUUCUUCUCCGUCGUUGUCUGGUUUCUCGUCGCCGUCUUCUCCUUCUUCGAUGAACCAUGAGGGUUACAAGAAGGAAGCCAAGGUUGUGAUAAAAGUAUCUGUGGAAGGGAGCCCAGGACCAGUAAGAACAAUGGUUAAACUGGGUUGCAAUGUCGAAGAAACGAUCAAAAUUGUUGUGAGGAAAUACUAUGAAGAAGGAAGAACUCCGAAACUCGAUCAAGAUGCCGCCUUUGAGCUUCAUCAUUCCCAUUUCAGCCUCCAAUGUCUGGAUAAAGCCGAAACCAUCGGCGAAACAGGCAGUAGAAGCUUCUACCUCAGGAAGAGGGGUGCAGACAGUGAAUAUCCAAAGCCUUGCGUGUCUGAGAUCGUUGCCGUCGGACCAAACAUCCCGUCAUCGAAUGUGAUUCAAUCCUUUAUCGCUCGGAAAUUCGGGAAGAUCGUGAGGAGAGCGACCAAGAUAUGGAAUAUAUUGGUAUGCAAAAAAUUGACAAAUGAAAUGUCGGGUUCGAGGCUGAAGUUCUUCCUUGACAACUGUGUAGUGCUUGAACAAGCGCAGCAAGUUCAUUCACGGCUAGUUGUUACCGGCUAUAACCAUCUGGAACCCGUCUUGAUCCACCGAACUCUUCACUCCACACAUGAUUACUCUAGAAAGAUCUCGAAUUAUGUCAAGAGAAUCCUUUACGGUUUGCGGAAUCCGGAUUCUUUCUCUUGGGGAUGUGUAAUCCGGUUCUUGAGCCGGCAUGAGCAGUUCAAAGAAGCGUUCCACCUUUACAUCGAGAUGCUCCAAUUCGGUAUUUCUCCAAGUUCACAUGCCAUAACCUCGACAUUAAGAGCAUGUGCUCGGAUGGAGAGCAAGAUUGCCGGUACAUUGGUUCACGCUCAGGUUCUUAAACUCGGGUUCUGUGGCUGUGUUUACGCACAAACGGGCUUGGUGGAUUUGUAUUCUAAACUGGGUGACAUGGAAAUGGCAGAGAAAGCUUUUGUUGAUGUUGCAGAGAAGAACGUAGUUUCUUGGAACUCGAUUUUGUCUGGGUAUCUGAAAAGCGGGGAUUUGGAGGAAGCUCGUCGAGUUUUCGACAAGAUUCCUCAGAAAGAUGUUGUGUCAUGGAAUUCGAUUCUUUCGAGUUAUACACAGGCAGGUGACAUGGAUAGUGCAUGUUCUCUGUUUCAGCUAAUACCUGAGAAAAGCCCGGCUUCUUGGAAUAUAAUGAUCAGUGGAUAUGUCGAAUGCAAGGAAACUGAAGCAGCAAGAACCUUCUUCGAUGCAAUGCCCGAGAAGAACGGUAUUUCUUGGACUACGAUGAUUUCAGGGUAUGCGAAAUCGGGUGAUGUUCAAUCCGCCAAGGAGCUCUUCAGCCAGAUCCGCAAGAAAGACAAAGGCAUGUACAAUUCGAUCAUAGCUUGCUAUGCUCAGAACGGCCAGCCGGAGGAAGCUUUGAAACUAUUCUCGGAGAUGCUCAAGACUCGAUCACAGAUUCAGCCAGAUGAGAUCACGCUCUCGAGUGUUAUAUCGGCUUGUUCGCAAUUGGGUGACACGAGAUUUGGCUUGUGGGUCGAGAAGUAUAUGUUGGAACACGAGAUCCAAAUGGAUGGUCUUACGAGAACAGCUCUGAUCGAUCUUUACAUGAAAGGUGGGAACUUUGCCAAGGCAUUCGAUCUGUUCAACGGUUUGAACAGAAAGGAUACGGUUUCUUACUCAACAAUGAUCAUGGGCUGCGGAAUCAACGGCAAAACGAAAGAAGCAAUCGGCUUUUUUCAAGAAAUGAUCGAAAAGAAGAUCCGGCCGAAUUCUGUAACGUUCACUGGACUUCUGUCAGCUUAUAGCCACAGUGGCCUGGUUGAAGAUGGCCACAAAUGCUUCAUCUCCAUGAAAGACUACGAUCUCGAACCUUCCGUCGAUCAUUACGGGAUAAUGGUCGAUACGUUGGGACGAUCCGGGAAACUAGAGGAAGCAUAUGAGCUGAUCACGAGUAUGCCGAUGCAGCCAAACGCUGGAGUAUGGGGAGCUUUGCUCUUAGCCAGUGCCUUACACAACAGCGUCGAGUUCGGGGAAAUCGCGUGUGGGCGCUGCCUCAAACUCGAGAACGAUCCAUCCGGUUAUCUUUCGCUCCUUGCAAACAUCUAUACAUCGGUCGGAAGAUGGGACGAUGCCCAGAAACUGAGAAAGGCCAUGGAAGAGAAGAAAUUGUGCAAGACGCUUGCUUGUAGCUGGGUCGAAUCCGUGUAAUUUCAAUGUCGAAUCUGUACCCGGUCCCUGUGGAAAUUCCCGGUUUAGGUUUGAAACCUGAAAUUUUGUAGUUCAAAAAGUUUUGGUUUAGGAUCAUCAGUGUCGGUUA